UUUCCUUUAUUUUAUUUUUUUCAUUUAUCUAUUUAUUAUCAAACGAUUUUUUUACAUAUAUUGACGAGUGUAAACAUUUUACAAUGUAGUAACACUAUAAAUAAAUACAAAUACAAAUACAAAUAAGAGAUAAUAAUAACGGUAACAUUCAUUCUCCUUUCCGCGUAAAGAGUUUUUGGUUGAAAUUAAACACUUGACACACAAACAUACAAUCAUAAAAUAUCGUCUAUUGUUUAACAAGCACGACGAAAUGAUAAUCUUUUCCCACGAGUAUGUAUGGAGUUUGCAGCAUGAGCCGUAUCGAAAAGUUCUGAUGCCGACUAGCCGACUCACGGAUCACUAUACACUGCCACUGCCAGAGAAACAUCAAAUAUAAGUAGGUAAUUGUUUAUUGAUAAUAAUUUUAUCAGACAAAUCAUAUCUUCAUGAGCUACACACUAUACUAACCUACCUACUUAUUGAUCAUAAGAAAAUUACAAAGAUUUUCAACUGAAGCUCAAGAAAUUCAUUACGAUCAUGUUUACCCUAUCAAGGAAAUUCAUAUCUAUGACAAAUCCAACAUAUUCAUACAGAAAUGUAUCGUCCAAAGUAUUUAUUUUCCAAAACCAGUUCGAUGGUUUUCCGAAAGAAACAGAUGUGAAACUAGUGAAAGAAGACCUACCAGCUCUCAAAGAUGGAGAAUUCCUGACAGAAGCUGUUUAUUUGAGCGUUGAUCCGUAUAUGAGAGCUUACGCGCCGAGGGUAAAAACUGGUAAAACAUUUAUGGGAUCUCAAGUUGCAAAAAUCAUAGAAAGCAAGAAUUCCAAAUUUCCCGAAGGAAAACACGUUGUGGGGGAAUUCGGCUGGCGAACCCACACGAUAUCAACGGGAAAACAAUUGCCUAAUGGAUUCCCUGGUGCUUGGUUGAUCCCCGAUAUUGGAAAGUUGCCGUUAUCGCUAGCAUUAGGGGUGUUGGGUAUGCCAGGGAACACGGCAUAUUUCGGAUUCACAGAAUUGUGCCAACCGAAGCCCGACGAAACUGUCAUUGUGACUGGCGCUGCAGGGGCUGUAGGUAGUUUGGUGGGCCAGAUAGCCAAAAUAAAGGGCUGCAAAGUCAUAGGAGUAGCAGGGUCUGAGGAAAAAGGGAAAUGGUUGGUAGAUGAGCUCGGCUUCGAUAGUUUCAUCAACUAUAAAACCGAUAAUAUCAGAAAAAAGAUAAGAGAGUGUGCUCCGAAUGGAAUUGAUUGUUAUUUUGAUAACGUUGGAGGAGAAAUAAGCAGUACCAUUAUGUUAUAUAUGAAUACUUUUGGGAGGAUUGCUGUUUGUGGAGCUAUUUCUGGAUACAACGACAAACAACCUCCUAAAGCCACCAUUGUUCAGUACCCUAUGACGUUCAACCAACUGAGGAUGGAAGGAUUCAUCGUGCACAGGUGGAUCGAUAGAUGGUUCGAGGGCAUCGAUCAGAACAGGAAAUGGAUCGACGAGGGAAAAUUGAAGUACCGGGAGACGGUCACAGAGGGCUUCGAGAAUAUGUUCCACGCUUUCACGGACAUGCUACGAGGUGGAAAUGUGGGAAAGGCU